UUGGUGGUUCGCUUUGUCCCUCAGACACAGCGGAUCACCGAUCAACAGAAAGAGCUGAAUAUGUCGGCUUGGUCAUGUGAUCAGCUCUGUCCAAUCACAGCUGCAUCAGGGCACUGAUGAUCAGUGUGCCCUGAUGAUCAGUGUGGCCCCAGAAGUGCACCUGUCAGUGCCCAUCAAUGCCAGCUGUCAGUGCUCAUCAAUGCCACCUGCCAGUGCCUCAUCAAUGCCACAUAUCAGUGCCUACCAGUGCACAUCAAUGCCACAUAUAAGUGCCCAUCUGAGCUGCCUUUCAGUGUCACCUAUCAGUGCCAGUCAGUGCCACCUAUCAGUGCCAGUCAGUGCUGCCUAUCAGUGCCAGUCAGUGCCACCUAACAGUGCCGCCUGUCAGUGCCACCUAACAGUGCCGCCUAUCAGUGCCAGUCAGUGCCGCCUAUCAGUGCCAUAUAUGAGUGCUGCCUUUCAGUGCCCAUCGGUG